AUGAACCACCUCGUCCGUUCAACUUCCUUCCGUUGCACCUCCUUGAGGUCCAUUACGUACCUCCGGCAAUCUUCCGUCGCCUCUUCACCUCCAAUUUUCUCUUCCGCCGCAGUAAACGUCCGCCAGUUCACCUCUGCCGGCUAUCCGAACAGCUUCCAAAUGGAGCCGCCGGUUAACUUUGGAAUCCGGAUAGUUCCGGAGAGGAAGGCGUUUGUGAUCGAGCGAUUCGGUAAAUACGCCAAGACGUUGCCGUCGGGGAUUCACUUCCUCAUUCCGUUCGUGGAUCGCAUUGCUUAUGUUCAUUCCCUCAAGGAAGAAGCAAUCCCAAUUCCGAAUCAGACUGCGAUUACCAAAGACAAUGUUAGUAUCCACAUCGAUGGCGUUCUCUACGUUAAGAUAGUGGAUCCUAAAUUGGCUUCUUAUGGCGUUGAGAGUCCUAUCUAUGCAGUUGUGCAGCUUGCUCAGACCACAAUGCGUAGUGAGCUUGGUAAGAUCACGCUUGAUAAGACCUUCGAGGAACGAGAUACUCUCAACGAGAAGAUUGUGGAAGCCAUCAAUGUUGCUGCAAAAGACUGGGGUCUUCAGUGUCUUCGUUAUGAGAUAAGGGAUAUCAUGCCCCCUCAUGGUGUGAGAGCUGCUAUGGAAAUGCAAGCAGAAGCGGAACGUAAAAAGAGAGCCCAGAUCCUUGAAUCUGAAGGAGAAAGGCAAUCCCAUAUCAAUAUAGCUGAUGGUAAGAAAAGUUCUGUAAUCUUGGCAUCUGAAGCAGCAAAGAUGGACCAAGUGAAUCGAGCACAAGGUGAAGCUGAAGCAAUACUAGCUAGGGCACAAGCAACUGCCAGAGGCCUUGCCUUGUUAUCUCACUCCCUCAAUGAAACUGGGGGAGCAGAGGCAGCGAGUUUUAGAGUUGCAGAGCAAUACAUUCAUGCCUUCGGUAACAUUGCCAAGGAGGGUACGACAAUGUUGCUUCCAAGUGGGGCUUCAAAUCCUGCUAGCAUGAUUGCUCAAGCUUUAACAAUGUACAAAAGCCUUGUCCAAAAUACUCCCAACACCGAUCACCAAGAAACAGCAGAAUCUGAAGAAGAAGACUGGGAAGAGACGGAUGAUGAGAAACAUACACCAGAAGGCUCUAAAAACCAAUCAGGCUCAACAACGUUUGAUACAGAGAAACCAGGUCUCACCGGUGGACCACGGUUCUCUCUUCAAAGUCGCACCAAGGAGCCAUAG